AACCCAGGAACAGUUCCAUUCGAGACGUGAGCGAGUUCGGACGUAUUUGGCGGACACUAGGCAGACACCAAGCAGUUAUCCUGUAAACAAACUCUGUUAGAUAAAGGACUCACCUGCACAGUUCGCGAGUGUUGUGUGUGCCAACCAUAUGUGUGUUGCUGUGAUUUAACUGGAUUAAACAGAGAUCGAUCAGGACUCAGGAUGCCAGAAAUAGUCGAACUGAAUGUCGGCGGCGUGAGCUACACGACCACGCUGGAAACUCUGCUGCAGGAUAAGAGCAGUCUGCUGCACGAGAUUUUCUCCGAGCGGGAUGCCCUGGCCAAGGACAGCAAGGGCAGGUACUUCCUGGACCGCGACGGGGUCCUCUUCCGCUAUAUUCUGGACUUCCUGCGCGACAAGGCGCUCCACCUGCCUGAGGGAUUCCGCGAGCGGCAGCGACUGCAGCGCGAGGCGGAGCAUUUCAAGCUCCAGGCCAUGCUGGAGUGCAUCCGAGGCGAGCGGGAUGCUCGUCCACCAGGCUGCAUAACGAUCGGCUACCGCGGCAGCUUCCAGUUCGGCAAGGACGGGCUGGCCGACGUCAAGUUCCGGAAGCUGUCGCGCAUCCUGGUCUGCGGCCGGGUGGCCCAGUGCCGUGAGGUGUUUGGCGACACCCUGAACGAGUCCCGGGAUCCGGAUCACGGCGGUCCGGACCGAUACACGUCGCGGUUCUUCCUGAAGCACUGCUUCAUUGAGCAGGCCUUCGACAACCUGCACGACCACGGCUACCGCAUGGCCGGAAGCUGCGGAUCGGGAACCGCAGGGUCCGCGGCGGAGCCCAAGCCGGGCGUGGACACCGAGGAGAAUCGCUGGAACCACUACAACGAGUUCGUCUUCAUCCGAGACUAAGGAGGAGCUCCCACUCGACCACCACCCCACCCGAUCCAGCUCUCUAUCCUUCUGUUGCGUUCAAAGGGGAUCUGCAGGGAUCCCACCGAAAUCAGAAUUUAAUGGUUUGAGUUUUAACCCACCUCUCUCGAUUUACGAAUGGGAACAUUUCAAGUGUACAACUAACUAACAAUCCACAAGUGUAGCCAAUUGUUGACAUAGAUGCAUUACAUAUAUACAACUUAAGGGGGAGUAAGGAUGAGCUAAUUUGAGUUUUAUUCCUUCGAUUGCCACGAUAAUUAAAUCGUUAAGUUACGAGUUACGAACUAUUAAGUCCAGAGGGGCCAUCAAAUCGAAUAUUCUGGCCAGAUGUGCAUCAGAGUCUUUGAUGAAUUGGGAUGUUUUGACCAAGAUGGCCAAGAAGGAGGAAAAUCGAACAACAAAGCCGGGAGAUAACUAAAACAAAGCAAACAUUUUAUUGGCCCAAAAGUUUUCUUUAAUGCAGUCCAGAAUAAACACGACGCGAUGGAAACAGAAAACAGAAACCAGAACAGAUUAAAUGAAAUAAAUUGAAACGAAACAAUUAGAAAGAACUACGCCACUGGAUAGAAGGAUUUGUGGCCAAUCAAUCACACUAUGUAAUUGUAAAAUCUGAACACUGAACAAUUUGAACAAUACGGGUUACUCUUUGAAACUAACGAAAUAUUGUAGCAGCAGAUACCACAAGCAGGCAGCCAACUCUAGCUCCAGUACGGCCUAUCUAACGUUUUAUUAGUCUAAUAAAAGUCGAAACUUGCAAGAAAAAUAAAAAUUUACAUAUAAUAGCAUAGGAUAAUAUGUGUUGACCUAGACGGAAAAAAAACAGUCUGCAAACCAUAAAACUCGACACCAAAAUCAAUAUUAGAAAUACAUUUCAGCCACACAACGGCUGUCAUAAGAUAUGUCCUUUGGCAGCAAGAGGGUCCUCUUGAAGCGCUUCCGAUUUGGCUGGAUUAUUAUUGUAAGCUUGAAUCUGGCCAUAGGAACUGACAUUGAUUCUGACUAUUGACUAUGAUAGAACGUUUUAGAAAUCAGAACUAGCAACACUCAUAGAGAAGCACAUCAUUUAAUGCAACAUCUAUUCGAUUUUGAUUUAUUAGUAAAUCGUAACGAAAAAUGCCAAAUUUCACACGGACUUCCAAAUCAUGAUGGGAUACAACACGUACGAAACAAAAUUUGCUGAACUUUACAAGACCCAGUCAGUUGUUAUUGAUUUUAUUCGCAUUGGGAGCGGACUCAUAGCAAUGUUUUUCGCUGACAUAUCUAGCAUAGCAUUUUCAACAUUUCCGCAGGUUUGUUGUUUGUUUGUCGAACACAUAAACAUUUAUUAAUCGAAGCGAUGGACGAUUUGGCGAAAAACUCAAAUGGAAAUGAAAUGAAAAUGCCGAUGCGCCACAUUGAAGAAUAUUAAAUAUUGUAUAAACUAUAAAUUCCUUGAGUUGUGGGUGACGAAGCAUGUUGAGGCGUUGCAUGUGCAAUCGUUAACGAUAAAGUGGUAAUAAUAUGCAUGAGAAACAAAUGAAAACUAUUAAGCUCCAUUAUAUACUGAGGCCGUGGACUCUCUUUGUGGGUUUGCGGCUCCUACACAGAUAAUAUAAAUCGAUAUAUACAUAUAUCUAUAUAUACAUACCUAAUUAUAUAUAUUAAAACAAUUGUCGAUAUUGAAAGUAUCUUAUAAAUGUUUAGUCUUACAUGUAAUUGAAUCCAAAGUUGGAGCGGAGGAGGACGGAGGACGGAAAUGUAUUGUAUCAUUAAUUAAAUUAAACUGAAAACUAAUUUAAAUUAACAAAAAAACGAAAAAUGUAUUUAGAGAAGCGCAAAGUAAAAUUGCUAAAAUAGCCUAUCAUAUGUAUGUAAAGAGGUAUAACUUUCGAGAUGCGAAAACCAACAAUAAAUUAAAGAAACCAAAAA